AUGCCUCGAAUUGAAAACGAACCCAAGUUGGACUUCAGAGAUGUCCUUCUCAGACCGAAGAGAUCCACGCUUCAGUCCAGAUCCGAUGUCGACUUGGUUAGAGAGUAAGUUGGGGGUAAAAUACGAGGGCACGAAUGCCCAUACUUUUUUAAAUACGUGUUUUUUGGCCUAGGAUCAAAAAAUAUGCUUUCUUUUUUUGCAGGCUGAAAAGUAUUAAAAAAUCGGCCUAGGGUUGCCUAUACAGAGGUCGCAAAACCGGAAUUUCAGUAGUGAGGCGAACAGAGCUCUCUUGAGCUAGACUAUCAAUAAGCCAUAAAAAACUUCAGGACUAGCUAAAAUCUGGAUCCAAGUUAUGGCGCAGCUUAGAGAAUAGUUUUCUGGGACUGGCCAGAAAAAGAAAAUUUUGCCUUUUUUGCUACUUUUAUGCGGAUUUCAAAAAGAUAAGACAAAAAUUUGGCCGGCACUCGUCAUUUUCUAUAGCCUCUUAUCUACAGAGCUCUAUGAAUAUCUCUGAAAUUAAUAUAUGUAUGCCGGGAAAAUAAUGAACACCAUUUCGCUGGGCCAAUCGCGUCGCUGAAAUUUUAAAAAACAGUUUGAUUUCGCCGCGACGCAAUUCAUUUCCUCGGCGGCGACGCGAUCUUCGAUGCGACGGAAUGCUCACUAUUUUCCCGACAGAUUGAUCUUUCACGGUACACAUGUCAUCCAUUUGAAAUUUUAUAAAAAAUUGAGUAAUGUCCUAGGUUCAAAAUGAGCAAUUUUCUAUUUUCAGAUUCACCUUCCGCAACUCAAAGAAGACCUAUUCCGGAAUCCCCAUCGUAGCCUCGAACAUGGACACCGUCGGGACCUUCGAAGUGGCCAAAGAACUGGCUUCUCACCGAGUCUUCACCACCAUCCACAAGCACUACUCGCCGGAGGAAUGGCAGAAGUUCCGCGACGAGCUGGGCCCACAAUCCCCGGUCUUUGAGCAUAUUGCAAUUUCGGCAGGAAUGGCCGAAAGAGACUUUGAAAAAUUGAAAAUCGUCUGUGAAGCUAUCCCUGAGUUGUCCUACAUUUGCUUGGAUGUGGCGAACGGAUAUUCGGAGCAUUUUGUGGCGUUCAUUCGAAGAGUCCGCGAGGCAUUCCCGGAACAUACCAUCUUUGCGGGAAAUGUGGUGACUGGAGAGAUGGUGGAGGAACUGAUUUUGGCUGGAGCUGAUGUGGUUAAGGUAAGAGAGGAAUGCUCUAUUUUAGUAGAUAUCUUUCUCGACCAUUUGAUAAUGUUUUUAAGGCCAUUGGAAAACGAAAAAUUGACAAAUCGGACGAAAAAUCUCAAACAUUUUGGCUGAAAAAAAAGCUUGAAAAUACAAAAAUUGAGUAUCAAAAAAUCGUAAAAAAUUAAAGAAUGCAAAAUCAAUCACCGACUGUACAUUUUUUCAGGUCGGAAUUGGUCCAGGAUCUGUCUGCACCACCAGAAAAAAGGCCGGAGUUGGCUACCCUCAACUCUCCGCCGUCCUUGAAUGCGCCGACGCCGCUCAUGGCCUGAAUGGCCACGUCAUGUCGGACGGCGGUUGCACCAACCCCGGAGAUGUCGCUAAAGCGUUUGGCGGUGGUGCUGACUUUGUCAUGAUCGGUGGAUUGUUUGCCGGCCAUGAUCAAAGCGGAGGAGAGAUCAUCGAAAAGGACGGAAAGAAGUUCAAAUUGUUCUAUGGAAUGUCCUCCGACACUGCCAUGAAGAAGCAUCACGGCUCUGUGGCCGAGUACAGAGCCUCCGAAGGCAAGACGAUCACGAUUCCGUACCGUGGAAACAUUAAUCAUACGAUUUUGGACAUGCUGGGAGGUCUGCGGUCAGCCUGCACUUAUACGGGAGCUACGAAGUUGAAGGAGCUGGCCAAGAGAGCGACCUUCAUCCGCGUCUAUCAGCAGACCAAUGACAUGUACAAUCAGCAUGAGGUCUAG